GUCCGACAAAUACUAUGGGCUGAUAACGUUUGUGGUGAACAUCUGUCCUAGACCAUUACGUGAACUUUUCAUAGCUAAGGCGAAGGCUGACACAAAUCACACAUACACGAGUUUAGAAGACUACCUGCUUUUCCGGAAACCAGACAUAGAUAAAUUAAGUAGAAGUUUCAGGAUCAGUCUCGAUCAGUUUGCCAAUAUGUACCCAGCGGUCGGAUCCGUGGAUAUUCAAAAAUGGGACGUAACUCUACUAGCAGUCUUACUGACUCAGCUAUUUUCAAAUCAGUUAGAACAAAAAGAAAGAGACUGUCUGCGUGACAUUACUGAUAUAAGAAAUAGCUUGCAACACAUUGCAAACACUGACACAAUUGAUGAUCAGCAGUUCAAUACUGCCUGGAGUGGUCUUAGAGAUGCUGUACUAACCUUGUCAAAGUGUACUGGUGCACCUUCGUUAAACAAUAUCGAAGACGAGAUAAAAUCGGCAUUAACUGAAGGCAUGCCAAAUCUUGUAGAUGUAAUUCGAACAUGGAACCAAGUGGUGUGUAUGCAGCUUAAGCUACACAACUUUGAACUUGCAAACGAAAUUAAGACCAUCAAAGAAGUAUCAAGAAAAUCAAGUAAAAUAUUAACAAAAGCCUCCGUGAAAAGAAAAGGACGCUCAGGGAUGGCGGAAAAAAGAAUGAAAAUUGUUGUCAACAGAGUUGAAAGGAUGAAAGAAAAACUUGCAAAGGCGCUGACAGAGGAGAACGACUGCAUAGAGUCUUUCAAGAACGACAUUGCCCUUAUUACUCAACAGCUUAUAGAGAACCAUCGCGUUAUUGUCACCGGUCACGAUAAUAUGUUGACUUACAAAUGCGCACUUGCAGCAGUUAAUCAAAGAAACUACCAGCGUACUGACCAAUGCUUGGAAAUAAACAAUCCAUCCGACUGGAAACGGAUCAGCCCAGAAGAUGCCCAAUUUGUACUUUUCCGUGAACCGUUCGGCAGGUCAACGUACGAUUCACAAAAGGUUGAAACAAUGCUAGAAGAAUUUGACAGUAUGUUGGACGCAACGAAUGACGACAAUGACGAGGUUAUUGAUAUUAUCAUUGUAACCAACCAGAGACUUCUGAAUGAAGUGGCGAGACAGAAUGAGCAUGACAUGUUAUCUCCGGCGUCUACUGUUUACAUAGAUACCACAUCGGGAAAUACUCCUGAAGAAGCAGGUGCAACAGAAGAUACAGUUUACAGAAAUCUUCUCGAGUACUCUAAAAUAUAUCGCCAUAACUACACAAGUAAGACGGUUGAAAAACAAGUCAAGGCCGAGGCUGAAAAAAUGUUUAUAGAUUACAGUACGAUUGCUAUCGUCGGAUCUGCCGGAAGUGGGAAGACAAGCUUGUCGUUUCAGCUGCUGCAAGCAUACGAUCUCAGCAAUGGAGAAGAAAACUUUCUUGUCAUAAUUAACCCCGAAGAACUGAUUUAUGUCAAGUUUUCUUUGCGACCUGUGAUAAUUCUCAAACUGUUGACGGGUAUGGAUUUUGACAAAGUUGAAGCAUGCAAAUGGUAUCGGCAGUUUGACAGAUUGUUUGCAGCUGUACAGGAAAAGAAAGUUGCCGUUAUUAUUACGAUGGAAACAGAGGUCUUUCGAAUGUGGGAAGCACAUAUGCCGACUCAUCCUUUGAUAGAUCGUAUUGUGUACAUGGCAGGCACUCGUGCAAAGGGGAGGGGGGAACAUGAACCAGGGACUGCAGAAAAAAGGAUGAAAAUUGUAGACAACAAAGUUGAAAGGAUAAAAGAAGAAGCAGGUGCAACUGAAGAUACAGUAUACAGAAAUCUUCUCGAGUACUCUAAAAUAUAUCGUCAUAGCUACACAAGUAAGACGGUUGAAGAACAAGUCAAAGCCGAGGCUGAAAAGAAGUUUAUAGAUUACAGUACGGUUGCUAUCGUCGGAUCUGCCGGAAGUGGGAAGACAAGCUUGUCGUUUCAGCUGCUGCCAACACACGAUCUCAGCAAUGGAGAAGAAAACUUUCUUGUCAUAAUUAAUCCCGAAGAACUGAAGUAUGUCAAGUUUUCUUUGCGACCUGUAAUAAUUCUCAAACUGUUGGCUGGUAUGGACUUUGACAAAGUUGAAGCAUGCAAAUGGUAUCGGCAGUUUGACAGGUUGUUUACAGCUGUACAGGAAAAGAAGGUUGCCGUUAUUAUUACGAUGAAAACAGAGGUAUUUCGAAUGUGGGAAGCACAUAUGCCGACUCAUCCUUUGUUAGAUCACGUUGUGUACAUUGCAGACCCUGGUGCAAAGGAGAAGGAGAAACAUGAACCAGGUAAAUCCACAUUACCUUCUGGACUUCUGCUUGACCCUCUUACGCAGAAGUUGUACGAAGAUGCCAUAAAACACGGCAAGGAAAUAGAUAAUUCAAUAAGGAUUAUGGUUAUUGGCUGCUAUGGACAAGGUAAGACGUCACUUGUAAAUAGGCUACUUGGAAAGACGAACGAUAAUGUUGAAACAACAAACGGGAUAGAAGUACAUGCAUGCCAUGCAAGUAAUAAUGAGUGGGAGGUUAAACAUACAGUCAAUGCUGAAUCUGAGAGUUUCAGACGUUUAGCUAAAAUUGCUAAAAAUGAAAACCAUGUUAAACCAAUGAGUCACGAACUUCUGUCAGAUCUUGAUGUAGACAAUGUUGAAAAUAUUGAUUGCAAGGCGGAUAUACAGCGGAAAGGUAAAACUGAAAUAAGCUACGAUGUUAGUGUUAAUAGGGAUAAAUUACCAAAGUUUGUGCAAAAAAGCAAAAAGGAACCUCUGCCCAAACGCAGUGAGUUAGAACCCACACAUCUAAUUCCAAUGAAAAAUGAAACAAAGACAAAAAAAUCAGUUUACAUUGAUAAAAGUAAUGUUCUGAAAUUCCAAAAAGAGUAUCAAAAAUCUUUACUGCCCACGUCAUCUCAAAAUGAUAGAGAAUCUAAAGACUUGUCUAUUUGGGAUUUUGGUGGUCAGUUUGUGUAUUACGCCACACAUCAGAUAUUCCUCUCACAGCGGGCAGUUUAUUUAUUAGUUUUCAAUCUGACCGGUGGAUUAGAUAAAAAGGUAACUGAUAGAGAGAGUCCGUGCAAUAGUAAAACAAGAACAAUGAGAGACUACAUACGCUUUUGGGUAGGUUCAGUACACAGCUUUGUCGGAAGCGAAGACGGAAAUGAUCCCCCAAUUAUUCUGGUAGGUACACAUAAUGAUCAAAUAGAUGACAAAACUGAUACCUUCGAAUUAUUUGAAGACGUCAGAAAAAUAUUUGACGGCAGUGUAAGUAUAAAUCAUAUUCAUAAAGACCACUUUGCGAUAUCAAAUGUAGAUAAGUCGGACAUCAAUUUUGAUAUGUUACGUACAUCAAUCCUUGAAAUAGGAAAGUGUCAGGCGAAAACUGAAAUACCUGCUAAAUGGAUACCACUAGAAAAAGCAUUGGUUAAGAACAGAGACAAGAAAAUCGUUACAUUUGAGGACUUGAUAAUGAUUGAUAGUCAGAACGAGUAUCCUAUACAGACAGAAAAUAAGAAGGAGACAGAGGACCAGUUCAAGCUAUUUUUGAUGAGUUGUCACGCGAAAGGAACAUUCUGUUAUUUUGACGAUAACGAGCUUUCUGAGUAUGUUGUUCUUGAUCCCACAUUCCUGAUUGAUGCCUUCAAAGCUUUAAUAACAGCUAAACAAUUCUGUAAAGUUCGCCCGCCAUUGCGGUCUUUAUGGCACAAGCUUUUUGACACAGGUAUUCUGAUGCCAGAACUUGUUCACGAAGUCUGGAGAGAUAGCCAAAAUAAAGAUUUCACUAAAUUUGAGGAGUUGCUAUUAAGGUUUUUACAGAGGCAUCAUAUUAUUUCAGAGGUUCUGAGAUACGACGAUGAUGUCAAUGUUCCAACGAGGGUCGGCAAAUACAUAGUUCCGAGUUUUUUAAAAGUACCAUUGGACGAAGCAUUACUUAAUGCUUUUCUAGAAGGAAAAAAUGUGACAAAAGGAUCACUGAUAUAUCAAUUUGAAGAUGAAACGAUUGUACCGUUGUUAUAUCAACGAACCUUAGCAGCACUAAUCGGGAAAUGGCCACUUAGCAAGUAUAACAAUAGCGACCUAGUUUAUGCGAAUGUAGUCGCUUGUGAACCUCAAACCGAUCAUGCUGUAAUUCUGAAAACAACAAAUAAUGAUAUAGAAUUAUUAGUUGUCAAUCUUUGUCCUUCCAGUAUUGUUAAACCAGACGUUUGUGAUCUCUUUCGGAGGUUUGUUGAAAUGGUUAUCAAGCAUGAAAUAACUAAACUCCGGACCAGCAAGGAUCACGGCAUAAGUAUAAAGAAUAUUGAAUACAUGCAUGUAAAAUGCUACCAUACAGUUCAUGGAUCUAAGGGAAGUUUGAGCAGUCACAAAGUAGAGUAUUUGAAAAAUGAAUCUACUGCUAACAUUCCCUGUCCAGACAAAGAGAGUCACCAUUUUGAUCACAAUGCUAUUCUGAACGAAUGGUUUCAAAACGAAAUAAAACUGAAAGACAUUGAAAGGAGAAGGCUAACAGAGAAGGAAUACAGCCAUCUUUCCAUGCAUAUCGACAAGAAUUGGGAGCAACUUGCGUAUCAAUUAGAUUUCAGUACUGUAGAAGUCCAACAGAUAACAAUGGACAUAGACACACCAGUAAACAGAGUUUUUGAAAUGUUUGUAAGAUGGGACCAGAAACAUGGCUGUGAAGCUACGCUCGAUGUUUUAGUAAGAGCAGUGAAAAGAUGUCACAGUUGCAUAGGAAUACACUUAGAUAUUCUAAAAAAUAUCAUAGAUUUUUAGAAUUUAACAGUUUCUAAAUCAGAAGAAGGUAAGUAUAGACGGAGUUUUAUAUACGAGAAACUUUCAGCAUAUUUGUAGUAAGAGUAAUGUCAUCUUCUAUCAGUGUCUGUCUCGUAAAUUCCAGUUACUGGAUAGAUUCAAACCGGAUUAGUAAGUAAAAAAUGAAUAUAAAGUUUGGUAUUUGAAUUAUUUAAUACAUGUAAAUGCUUUCAUUUGUAUAUAAGAACAUAAUUAUGAUACAAUUAUUACAUUAUGUUCUUGACUCUUGAACGUUCAAAGUCACAUCAAACGGUCAGUAGAUAAACAGUCCUCUGUAAAUCUUUCCUGACUGCAGAUGAAAUAAAAACAUAACCUUUAUCAAAUUAGAUGUGUGGGUUAUCGUUGAAUUCUUUAAAAUGCUUCAGCAUGCUGAUGAAUUCAUUUGUCUGUAAUUUAGGAUUAAUUAAUUUAUGAUUGUCUAUUAUAAAAGUAUGGUUUUGAUCACUUGUGAUUGGAAGCUUUAAUAACGAGAUUAUAAACAAAGCUUAUCGUAUUGUUUGAUUAUUAUGUCUCCCCCAGGAGACAUAUUGUUUUUGCCCUGUCCGUCCGUCCGUCCGUCCUUCCGUCCGUCCGUCCGUACGUCACACUUCAUUUCCGAGCAAUAACUGGAGAACCAUUUGACCUAGAACCUUCAAACUUCAUAGGGUUGUAGGGCUGCUGGAGUAGACGACCCCUAUUGUUUUUGGGGUCACUCCGUCAAAGGUCAAGGUCAAAGGGGCCUGAACAUUGAAAACCAUUUCCGAUCAAUAACUAGAGAACCACUUGCCCAGAAUGUUGAAACUUCAUAGGAUGAUUGGUCAUGAAGAGUAGAUGACCCCUAUUGGUUUUGGGGUCACUCCGUCAAAGGUCAAGGUCACAGGGGCCUGAACAUUGAAAACCAUUUCCAAUCAAUAACUAGAGAACCACUUGACCCAGAAUGUUGAAACUUCAUAGGAUGAUUGGUCAUGAAGAGUAAAUGACUCCUAUUGAUUUUGGGGUCACUCCGUCAAAGGUCAAGGUCACAGGGGCCUGAACAUUGAAAACCAUUUCCAAUCAAUAACUAGAGAACCACCUGACCCAGAAUGUUGAAACUUGAUAGGAUGAGUGAUCAUGAAGAGUAGAUGACCCUUAUUGAUUAUGGGAUCACUCCGUCAAAGGUCAAGGUCACAGGGGCCUGAACAUUGAAAACCAUUUCUGAUCAAUAACUAGAGAACCACUUGACCCAGAAUGUUGAAACUUCAUAGGAUGAUUGUACAUGCAAAGUAGAUAACCCCUGUCGAUUUUGGGGUCACUCCAUUAAAGGUCAAGGUCACAGGGGCCUGAACAUUGAUAACCAUUUCCGGUCAGUAACUGAGAACCACUUGACCCAGAAUGUUGAAACUUAAUAGGAUGAUUGGUCAUAAAGAAUAGAUGACCCCUAACGAUUUUGGGGUCACUCUGUAAAGGUCAAGGUCACAGGGGCCCGCACAUUGAAAUCCAUUUCCGGUCAGUAACUUGAGAACCUCUUGACCCAGAAUGAUGAAACUUCGUAGGAUGAUUGGUCAUGCAGAGUAGAUGAACCCUAACGAUUUUAGGGUCACUCUGUUAAAGGUCAAGGCCACAGGGGCCUGAACAUGGAAAACCAUUUCCAAUCAAUAACUUGAGAACCUCUCAACCCAGAAUGUUGAAACUUCAUAGGAUGAUUGUUCAUGCAGAGUAAAUGACCCUUAUUGUUUUUGGGGUCACUCGGUUAAAGGUCAAGGUCACAGGGGCCUGAACAUUGAUAACCAGUUCUGAUCAAUAACUUGAGAACCACUUGACCCAGAAUGUUGAAACUUCAUAGGAUGAUUGAACAUGCAGAGUAGAUGACCCCUAUUGAUUUUGGGGUCAGUCUAUUAAAGGUCAAGGUCACAGUGGCCUGUUCAUGUAAAAUCAUUUUUUGGAAAUUACUUGAGAACCACUUGACCUACAAUGUUGAAACUUAAUAGGAUGAUUGGACAUGCAGAGUACAUGACCCCUAUUUAUUUUGAGGUCACUUGAUCAAAGGUCAGGGUCACAGGAGCCUUAACAGUGACUUGAGAACCACUAGGCCACGAGUGUUGAAAUUUAGCGGGAUGACUGGACAUGCCAAGUAGAUGACCCCUAUUGCAGCCAACCAUCAGUGUCUCUUUGACUUUCGCUCCUGACCCCUAUUGACUUCUUGCCUAUAGGACUUUGCAUUGGGGGAGACAUGCGCUUUUUUACAAAAGCAUUUUCUAGUUAAGAACUGAGAAUGACCUAUCACAGAGUCUUUAAAUCUGUUUUUGUUUGUAUUAUAUUCUUUUCAUCUCAAAUGUAUUUCAACUAUCGAUUAAAUGUGGUAUAUUUGACUGUAAGAUUUGCGAUAAGAAUAUAAUUAUUUUGUCAGAUAUUUCAUCAAGUAGUUUGAUCGAUUUUAUGUUUUGUCAAAAUAAUAAAAAAUAGACUGAUGAAGAAAUGACAUAGCCUAGCCACGUUAAGAAUAAGUAUGCUAGUCAACUUCAACACUUGAUGUAGAUAUUAAAUUCUGCAAAUCCUUUAAAGCUGGAAAGUCGCCAAAUGACCUAUCAUGUGUCGGUGCGACGUUAAAUAAAAAAAAACCCAAAAAAACUAAGAGCUGAAUGAUAUUUAUUUGGGUAAUCAUAAAAGGGAAAAAAAUCCAGUAGGAGUAGCCACGUUCGCAAAACGCGCUUCCAAAUCAAAAUAAAAUUAUAACAUAUAACUCAUGUCACAUUAUUUUUGCAUGUGAUAAACUUGUCGCUUUUUAUUGUUUAUUAUAACACGUCCCUGAUAACCUAUGGUGUACAUAAUAUGUUAUUAUUUUAGACAGUAGCUUCCUACAAUAUUUUUAAUUUUAUCCCCAAAACAGCAUAAUGUUUUCGCUGCAAGUAUCAAAUUGAAAGCAAAUUCGACCAUUAUAUUAGCUCACCUGUGCACGAAGUGCUCAGGGGAUAGCUAUUGUGGUCAGUGAUUGUACGGCGUUCGUUGUCGUUCGUCGUACGUCGUCCGUCGACAUUUUCCUUAAAACAACAUUUACUUUUAAAGCACCAGACCAAUGUUAAUGAAACUUUACAGGGAUGUUCCUUUGAUAGUCUUCUUUAAAAAAAAAUAUUCAACGAAUAUUGAAUACAGACCUGCUUGCCAAAGCAUUCAAUAGGAAAAACUUUAAAAAUAUUCUUGUCCAAAACCACAGGUCCUAGAGCUUUGAUAUCUGGUACGUAGCAUCAUCAAGUAGUCAUCUACCAAGAAUUUUCAGAUUAUUUCCCUAUGGUAAAAUAUUGUCCCGCCUUGGGUAUUCUAUGGUUUGUAUAGACUUACAUAGAGAGUGGGAGUGUCACCUGGUUUAUUUUAUCUUCUAUAGGGUAAAACCAUUAAAAAUAUUGCAUUAAACAAUAAGGUUAGAUAUUUCGUAUGUGGCAUGCUCCAGUAGUUUUCUACCACGAUUGUUCAAUACAUGACUCUGAGGUCAAUAUAUACCAUGCCCGGGACCCCUUGUUUUAAAUUGACUCAUAUAGGAAAUAUCUUCUUGUCCAGAUAUAUAUUUCGCAUUUAGUAUUGUCUAGUGGGCAACUAUCAAGUUUGUUCAAAUCAUGAACAUCCGGUCAAAAUUGACUGCGCACCGGGGUUAACAGUUUUUACAUUGGGAAAAACUUUUACUUUUCUCUAUUAAGAUUGUUCAAAUCAUGACCCUGGGGGUUAAUAUAGGCCACGCCCGGGUGGUCUUUUGUUUUACUGGUUUGUUUUUUAAGCAAUUUCAAAAAUAUUUGGACGAUAAGUAUAAUGUUUGAUACUGAUUUCAAUACUCAUCUUGAAUAGUCUUAAUUUUGACCUACUGAUCUACUUUCUUGUUUUUGAAGGUACUGCAUAGAAAUUCGGACCACAUGUAUAAUUUUUGAUAUUUGAAUAGUCUUAAUUAUGACCUACUGACCUUCUUACUUAUUUUUGAAGGAACAGCAUAGAAAUUUUGACCACGUGUAUAACUUUUGAUACAGAUUUCAAUACUCAUCUAUGAUAUUGGCAACCUUUACCUACUGACAUACUUUCUUGUUUUUGGAGCUACGUCAAAGAGAUUUGGACCACCUGUAUAAUUUUUGAUACAGAUUUCCAUACUUAUCUGGAAUGGUUUUAAUCAUAGCCUACUGACCUACUGACUUACUUUCUAAGUUUUGAAAUUACAGCAAAGAAAUUUGGACUACAUGCAUAAAGUUUAAUACAAUUUCAAAUACCCGUAUUGAAUAGUCUUGACCUACUGACCAACUUUCUUGUUUUUGAAGAUAAAGCAUAGACAUUUAACCACAUGUAUAACUUCUGAUAAAGAUUACAAUACUUUAAUAUUCUUAUCCCUGACCUAAUGGCCUACUUUUUUUUGAAACUACAGCAAAGGAAUUUGGAUCACCUUUAUAAUUUUUCAUACGGACUUCAAUAGUUAAGCUGAAUAAUUUUUACCAUUACCUACGCACGUACAUUUUUGUUUUAAAAAAUUUAAGCAAUGAAAUUUGAGCAAUAUAUAUACUUUUUCAUACGGAUUCUAAUACUAAUCUAAAUAAUCUGGUUAGAUUUACACCAAACUUGGUGAGUAGCAUCCUGGUUGGAUCUUUAUCAAGUCUGUUCAGAUUGUUUAGUUUGUUCCGUUUUAGGGGCCUCCAGAGCUGCAAACAGAGAUCUGCUCGAUGGAUAUUCAUCAAACUCGGACUUUAACAUCAUUUUAAGGUUUUCUCACAAAUUAGUACAAAUCGUUUAGCUGAAUUUAUUUCAAGGUCUAAUAGUCAAUUUCAGAUGAGCGACUUAAGGCCACUACGGCCCUCUUUUGUAAAUAUUUAAGAUCUGCAUGAAAAUGACGUUUGUGGAAGGGAAAAUCGUUUUGGUAAAUUUCUGUUUUAGUUUUUAACACUGUUUGUUCAUUUUGUUGUUUUCAACCGAACACAUGGUCACAAGCAAAAUAAGUAAUAGUUAUUGUUCGAGGAAUAGGUCUGCAUUGUGUUUAUAGACCUGUGAUGGAUUUGUGAACCGAGCGAGCGUAGCGAGCGAGGUUUUCAAAUCUCCUCACAGGUCUAUAAACACAAUGCAGACCUAUUCCGAGAAUGAUAAUUGACUUACCUACAUGAUUAUUUGUUUUAUAUAGUCCGGAUUGGUUUCGGAUUUGAAGAACGUUUGUAACGUGUAUUUAUGAUAAAAACAAAUAGUUAGAAGAAAGAACAAGACAAUAUAUGUCACACAAUUUAUUUGAUACUAUUAAUAUAACAAAACGCCCAACUUGCUACGAACCUGUAAAUAUAUUUGUCAGCAAUUAGGACAUGACAUUUUGCAUUGCAUGAAAAAUCCGUGCAUAUUUGGGAAAUAGUCUCUCUCUGAGAUCAUCAAUGUGUGUCUAGUCAAGUCACAAUUUGACGCAAAUUGUAUUUUAUGUUUUUUUUUUUUUUUUUUUUUUUUUUUUAAAUGUUUAUUUAGCUAUUUAAUUUGAUUUUAAUUUGCCGUAUAUGAAAGUAUUGAUAUAGAUUUAUUAUUACAUUAUCACAAAAAUUGCGUAUCAUAAUAUACCCUAUCUGGCACAAUGAAAUGUGGUAAAACCUGCGAGCAAACAAUCGAGAAGACAUAAAAAUCUUCAGUUUUCUGGACAAUGAAAAUAAUGAGUACAACUAAUUAAGAGGUUUGUAGUUAGAGGCAUAUGUUUUGAUUGACAUGGCAACGAUUUGAAUAAACAUUAUAAAGUUUAAUGUAGUUUUGGUUCUCCACACCUGAUUCACGUGAAGAAGUUGUCAUAUACUUGCGGAUGUCAAGUACAGAAUCAAUGAAACCUUGUACAGUGCAAAAUAUCUUAUAAUAUUUAAAGGCAUAAAAAUGUCAACUGUUACUUCGAUAUGAAUUAACGACAUUCAGCAAAAUUAGAACAUUUUUCAGAAAAAAAUGUAUUUAAACAGUUUCCCACCAAUUACCACUACCUAAAAACUGCCUUUGAAUAUUCCAGACACGCUCGGAAUGUAUCACGACAAUUUAACUGGGUUAUUUUCAAAAAUACAACUUCGUUACUUAUGUUCCAUGUUAAUUGUACAGAAAAUCGUCAGAAUUUUCAUUAGCAGACUGUUAAUUAACUUGGAGGAAGUUUGUGUAGUUUGUAUUUUGUCAUGUUUAGAUCAAUUUUCAAGAUAUGUAAAACUGGUCGGAAUUGUUUAACUUGUAACGUACUUUUUUGUAUUUACGGAGGCAUUCACGCGUUCAACUAAAAUGUCAUGCACGGACUUCUCAUGAUUCUACUGCAUUGUUUCGGUCGCUUACGCAUAACUUUAAAUUUAAUCUCUGACAAAUGCGAAAUUGUGUCGAUAAUUUGGCUCAGUAGUUAGAGCAUCGGACUAGCAUCGGAACGACUUGGGUUCGAUUCCCGCUACUGCCACUAGAGACUUUUGUGUAGACAUUAGAAAUAGGACAGGUCUUGAAAUUCUUAUAGACCUCAUAAGCGGUCUAUAAGGUGUUUACAGACCUCAUCGGAACAAAGAAGCCGGUAGGUAAUUAAAGAUCAACAACAUUGUAUUUGGCUUCUUUAACCUUUAGCCUGUCAAAUUUCUAAAAUGAACUUUCAAUUUGGACAAUACCAUUUAUUUUUCGAAGGGGUAUUCUCUGAAAACUCACUGACUGAAUAACGAACAGUGCAGACCAUGAUCAGCAUGCACGGAUGUUCAGGCUGAUCUUGGUCUGCACUGGUCGCAAAUGCAUAUUCACUUGCCGCCAGCAGGCUAAGGGUUAAGGUAAUUAAUUCAAAUGAGUAAAAUAUUGACAGCUGACAAAGUAUACAAUCCGUUGAUCUAUUCAUCAUCAACUGAUAUUGGGAAUUAGAUAGAAGCGACUGCUGUGGUCGGGCCCAAGAUCACUAGGAAGGUAUUAUUACAACAUAAAUCCAUAUUUUGUUGCUAUAUAUACUUAUAAGAUGGAAAUGGUGUGACUGUAGACUAUAUCGUUGCCUAAGGGCAUGACCUUUUCCUGUCGGAUACUUGUCCGUGUAGAUAAGGAGUGUUUCAUAAUGAGUUAUUUAUUGUAUAAUUAAACUUUAUAACGGUUUAAAUACGUUAGUUGAAAAAUUGUGUUAAAAAGAAUUUUAAGAAAACGUUAUAUAUAAAUAUAUAUUUUUCUCAUUCAGUACUGAAAAUAAGUAAGAGAGUAAAGCUGAAACUCAAGAUUUUAAAAAAAUUUGAAAACUCUAGAAAAUAUUUCAAAGACAUUUUGGCAAAUUUUAAGGACAUUAAUAUAGAAUAGUACUUUUGCAUCAUUGAAAAAAUUAGAAAAUGCAAUUACUUAAUUUAGAACAAAGCGUAAGCGUAUUACUGGUAUACUUAAUUUUCACGUCUACAAAAUAUUUAAUGAGAAAAAAAAACAACAACAACAUAAGAAUUAUUUUUGAGUAGUGUAGAGAAAGGCGGGCUCGACCGGUCAAAGAUAAAGAGAGAAAACAUCGGGUAAUAUUUAAGAAUUAUAACUAGGAAUCAAAUAAUGUAUGUAUAAAUGGGAAGGUGCUGAAGUGCCAAACCAUAACGUAUGUUACAUGAAUUGCUGAUAUAUCUCCCUAUCUACCAGGUCACACGCUGGCAGAAUAAGUAACUGACCCUCAAACUUUCUCUUGCUCAGUUUGUUUGUACAAUAAUUGGAAAGUUGUCUUUUUCAAAUCACUGAAUAUGUAAAAUCCAACUUCUCUUUUGCAUAUUAAUUUGGUAGGAUCCUUUUGGUAUGUCAUGUUUUCUUUUGAACAUACGGCAGCUUCAUUACUUUAUUUUAUAUAGAACGUUUACCUUGAAUAUUGCUUCGAUUUAUGACUAUUGAAGUCUGCAUGCAAACAUCCUUCGAAUAUAUUUACAGACAUUCACAUCUAUAUUUACGACCAUAAAAAAUUUCAUUUCCGUCAUAUUCAUCUGCAGUAAAUUUUAUCUUUGGCAUAAGUUAUCAGAAACUUGUUUUGCUCUAUUUGUGACCUAGGUUUCAUUGUAUGUAUAACAUUUUAUUUUAUUUCUUAACUUUAAAAUGUUAUGUGCUGACAAAUUUUGGUAAUGCAAUGCAUUAUUCAUCUUAUAUGAACAAAAAUUUGUUAGUUUCUGUACCUAAUAGAAAUGAAAUAUAUUGUUUCAACUUCUUAGUAUAUUUUUAAAAUGCAUUGGCCUUCGAUAUAUUCUUUUAUGAAGAGGAAAUUUGUUUGUGUAUUAUAAUUUAGUUAGAAUUUGAAACACAAGUCGCUGAACAUGUCUAAAGAAUUCUAAUAAAUUAUAAACUUUA